AUGACGUUCACGUACCCAUCCAAGAACUUGUACCGGUACAUCACUGCCUGUUGCUGGGCCUUUUGUGCGGGAUUCAGUGACGGUGCGGUAGGGGUGCUUUUACCGUACAUCCAAAUGCAAUUCCACCUCUCCUACUCCAAAGGGGCAUUGGUAUGGCUCUCGACCUCCAUCGGAUACAUCUUUGUGGCACUUCUUGCCAACCGUAUCCAUCAGACUCUUAAAAGAACGGCACUCGCUGUCGGAUGCCUGUCCAUGGUAAUCAUGGCGAUCCUUGUCUCCUCCGGCGUCAACUAUCCAGUGGUGGUGUUAGGGUUUUUCUUCAGUGGGGUCGGAACAGGUAUAGUUAUAGCCCAGCUAAACGUAUUUGUCAGUAGUUUUGACAAUUCGUCUGUAGCAUUGGGAUAUUUCCAUGGGAUAUAUGGAUUGGGGGCGUCGGUGUCGCCAUUGGUUGCAACGGCAUUUGUUGAGGCCGGGAUCAGGUGGCAUUAUUUCUAUAUUAUUUUGGCGAUAGCCGUCUCGGUGUGUGCUGUGAACGCCUACUUUGCAUUUGCUUAUGGGGAAGACCAGCUCAAACAAUUCGAACCUCCAGAAGCAAUUGUUUCGGCGGUGGAAGCAAAAACCUUGACCAAAGAAGCUCUCAAAAACAAGGCCACCUGGAUCAAUUCGUUGUUCGUGUUAUUCUACCAGGGCGCUGAGGUUGCCAUGGGUGGAUGGACCACUACCUAUCUUCGUGAUUACAGACACCACACCAGGGCCUCGAUCGGAUACGUCACCUCGGGCUAUUGGUUCGGGUUGACGCUUGGCAGAAUCUUCUUGACCAAUGCAAUGCACAGAUGGACCGGUGCCAGAAGAGGAAACGCCAUUCUUGCGUUGGGCGCCAUCUUGUUUGUAUUGCUCACAUGGGUGAUUCCUACCUUGGGGGUGGAAAUUGUCACCAUCACCUUAAGUGGUAUUUUAAUUGGACCCAUUUAUCCCUUGAUGAUCACAUACGUGGCUCUGGAGGGUUUGAUCCCUAGAAAGAUUCAAGUCGUCUCGUUGACUAUCACUUCGGCAUUUGGGUCCUCGGGCGGUGCCUUGUUUCCCUUCAUUGUAGGUUUGAUUUCCCAAUUUGCAGGCGCCUACGUGUUAUUGCCUUCAUUUAUAACCAUGUUCUCCAUAAUGUUGGUACUUUGGUUGUCCUUACCAAAUGUAGCCUAUAGAGGCCAAGAGAAGGGCAUGGCUGGCUUCAUCAAACGGAUCUGGUGA